CUCACCCUCGCGCGUGUUUCCACCGCAUAAUCGCGACAAGUGGACGUGUCCGCGACGUGCGCGCCCAGUCUGGUGCAGAUUACCGGGCAAAGAGCGUUGCAAACCGGCGGUGGGAGCGGCACGGCGGCGAUGCAGGCGCGCGCGUUUCCCCCGUGCCUGCCGGGCCCCGGGCGCAACGACCUCUUCCUCGGCAGCGUCGGCAAGAGAGCUCCUGCCGUGCGCGUCCGGGCCGUUGACGGGCCUUCGGCCGCCGCAGUUGCCGACCUCCCGCCCGCGGAGGUCACCUGGCAGAUCGUCCUCGGUGCUGUAGCUGGAGUGACGCCCUUCGUCGUUGCAGGGGUCGAGUUCAGCAAAAGAAUUAUUGAACAAAAGAAAUGUGAGAUCUGUGGAGGCUCUGGCCUCGUGAUGAAGGAAGAUUUGUAUGUUCGAUGCCAAGGGUGUGGUGGUUUUCUUCCAUGGCAGUCGUGGAGAAGAUUCUUCAAAGGUUGAAAAUCAUCAAUCACAUGUCACCUCGAUCAUCACUAGAUAGAACUAAGGACGGGAGACUGUAAGGCCAUGUGGUCAGUACAAUGUGUUUAAUUGCGUUUCAGUCAAGCAAGUUAGACUGGUCGUUCCGAAAGAAAAGAAGCACUUCAGACUGUUGUAGAGUUGAUUAUGCAUAUUCUCGACUAGAAAUGGGCAAACACCAAUAAAAAAGUGCAUCACGGUGCGUUGCUGCUA